UGUUGAGCGAGGAGAGGUAGUGUGUGCUGUCUAUUACACACGGAUGUGCUGAACUGUCCAUAAACAACCGUCAAAAACAACACCGAAAACACAACGAGUGUGUCCAGAGUCGUUUAGAGACGGUGGGCCUGUUGUCCUGUGUUGUUUUUGUUGCAUGACAGCAGAAGAUUGUUGAGUUAAAGGUGGGAUUUCUCCUCAGAAAGUUCGGUGUUAAAAAUGCCAGUGUGAACGCUAAGCGAACCAGGACUAUAUGUAUCAAUUUAUUUUUUGGUCUGGACCAAGAGAACUGAACUACAAGUGUGAACAAACCCUCAGAAACCCUUGUUAUUAAUGACACCUGUGGCCGUUAAGUGAACUGCAGCCAGCUACCUGUUGCUCGCGCUCGUGCACACAAUCCGCGAGCGAGCAUCGGCCAAAACAAUGAUGUAACAUACAAAGAGACUGAACGUGAUCCACCGGCAUCAUGCUGACAGAUGAGGUUCAGUUUAGUCCACCAGGAUGGCUUCUCGUAAAAAGGUGCUCCUGAAGGUUAUCAUUCUUGGGGAUUCUGGCGUUGGAAAGACCUCUUUGAUGAACCAAUAUGUCAAUAAGAAAUUUAGCAAUCAGUAUAAAGCCACGAUCGGGGCAGACUUUCUUACUAAGGAGGUGAUGGUGGAUGACAGGCUGGUGACAAUGCAGAUUUGGGACACAGCAGGACAGGAGCGGUUCCAAUCGUUGGGCGUGGCUUUUUAUCGAGGAGCAGACUGCUGCGUGCUGGUGUAUGACGUGACAGCGCCAAACACCUUCAAAACCCUGGACAGCUGGAGGGACGAGUUCCUCAUUCAGGCCAGUCCACGAGACCCAGAGAACUUCCCUUUUCUAGUGCUUGGCAACAAGAUUGAUUUAGAGAACAGACAGGUGACAACAAAACGGGCCCUGGCAUGGUGUCAGAGCAAAAGCAAUAUUCCCUACUUCGAGACCAGCGCAAAAGAGGCCAUCAACGUGGACCAGGCUUUCCAGACCAUCGCUCGAAACGCCCUCAAACAGGAGUCUGAAGUGGAGACGUACGACUUCCCAGACCAGAUCAAACUGAGAGAUGACAGGCCUGUGUCCUCUGGUGAUGGCUGCAGCUGCUGAAAUGGGACGUGGAAAUAGAGGGGACCACUGAUGCAGAGAGCAGGCAGGGAGAGGCCAGUGCUCGGGGUGGAAUGCAGAACAUCCAGCAUUCAAACAAGAAAAAAAAAAAAGAACUUUUCCAAACUUCUAUAAAAAGAACUGUCUAGGAAAUUAAAGAAACUCCCAGCCACUGCAUCCAUUUUAAUAUAAUUACCUUAAAGGAAAUUAUUUCUUUGAGAAUGAGAUGAAACAUGAUAGUUAUUCUAUUAUUUACAAAUGAUUGUUUUUCUUUUUUGCUGCUCGUUUUUCUUCAUUUCUGCAGAUUACAGACUUUUGUCUCCUGCUUAUAUGUCCGUCUGUUAUUAAUGUGCCUUUUUAGGUUGUAGAUGCUGCCACUAUCACACUUCGAUGUAAUUCCUUCGUUUGCCAAAUUUAUUGCUUGUUUAAUAUAUGUUAACAUUAACUCUUUAACAAAAACACCCACAGACAGUAUAAACAGCCCAAUAUGAGUUAAUGUGCUCAGACUCAACAUGUCACUUUCAAAACCUUCAGCAUUCUCAGUUUAUCAGCUGCCAAGGCUGCAAAUAAACGCUCAAUAUUUGUGCCUAAGGACGCCCUGAUUACAGUUGGUUGCCUUGGUGGUAAUAGUAAAAUGAAGGUUUUGGGGAUCUGGGAGAUGACAAGUAUUAUGUGCAAUCAGUUUAGUCAUACUAGCAAUGCAAAAAUGUUUAUUUUCUUUUGGAAUGAAAGUGUUUCCCUAGUUUGAAUGAAUGAAUGCAACAAAUUAUCCAAUUCCUGUGUCUUGUGCAAGCAUUUCGUUACCUCAAGCUGUUUAAUUACUUGGUUUACAAUAUGUGUUUCCUUUUAAAUUGUAGUAGAUACAUAUCUAAGGGACUCAUCUCGACCAAAUUAUGGAUAUGAUGAACUAGGUCAAAAAAAGUCUAAACGCACACGCAGACAGAUAAACUGCUCAAAAUGUGAAGGAAAGCUGGCGAGUCCCAACAACCUCUUCAAACACUUGAUUUUUAACAUGUUUAUUUCUAUCAACCAGUAUUGUAGAUUAUUUUGAUUGAAAAAGUUAUAAUCAGUGAUGUCUGCCAAUAGAAAUGAAUACUUCUGUCCCUCUUUUAUAAACAACUACAUUUCCUAGGACAUUGUUAAAUCAUCUCUUAUUAUUGUUUUCUGAACAAUGCUCCAUUAAUAAACCUUUAUUCAAAUGACAAAA